GAGGAGAGCGAGGCUGAAGCGGCACAGACUCCGACGGCGGGCAGCGCGCUUCUUCUUCGGCAAUGAAGAGCCUCCCCAUCGCCGGCGCCUUGCCGCCUCCCCGGCUAAUCUAAGCCCAUGCCAUGCUGCUGCCGCUGCUGCCGGCGCUGCUGGCCGCCCUGGCGCCCUCCCUGGAGCCCGAGGAGACCCCGACGCCGCCGCUGCUGCCCGUGAACUCCUCGGCGUCCUUUGCCAGCCAGGCGGCGUUGCCCACCCCGGGGGCGAGGGAGAGGGAGAGGGCCACGCCCCUCCCUCCCCCUCCCCCUCCCCUCCGAGAGGACCCUCCUUGCAACAUCAGCGUCCAGCGCCAGAUGCUCAGCUCGCUCCUCGUCCGCUGGAGCCCGCUCGCUUUGGCCGCCCAGUGCGACUUGGUCCUCUUCUCCACCGGAGGAGGAGGAGGGGGAGGCGGGGGAGGAGGAGGAGGAGGCGGGGGUCGCGCCUUCUUCUCGGCCGCCUUUCCCCGCGUGGGGCCCCCUCCUCUCCUCAUCGAGCACCUCGGCUUGGCAGCCGGCGGCGUCCAGCAAGAGCUGCGCCUCUGCGUGGGCUGCAGCUGGGCCCGAGGGCGGCGCGUGGGGCGCCUCCGCCCGGCUGCUGCUUCGCCUCCUGCUUCUUCUUCUUCUUCGGCGGCCCUCUUCUCCUCCUCGCCGCCCCUUCCCCCGGAGCAGCCCCCCGCCGCCGCCCCCUGGCAGCAAGGCGAGCGCCUCCACUUCUGCUGCCUGGACUUCAGCCUGGAGGAGCUCAAGGGGGACCCCGGAUGGCGCCUCAACCGCAAGCCCAUCGAGUCCACCCUCGUGGCUUGCUUCAUGACGCUGGUCAUCAUCGUCUGGAGCGUGGCCGCCCUCAUCUGGCCCGUGCCCAUCAUCGCCGGCUUCCUACCCAACGGCAUGGAGCAGAGGAGGGGCGCCAACGCCGCCGCCGGGCCCGGGACCAACAACCACGCCACAGCCGGAGGAGCAGCAGCAGCGGGAGGAGGAGGAGGCGGAGCAGCCAACGUCGCCGCCGCCGGAGGAGUAGUCCCUAAGUGA